AUGAAGCAAAAUGUAGAAGUUGAGGCAAUAUUUCCCCAAAUUCAUCAACUUUUCCCCUUGAUCAUUAAAAGCAGCACAAAAAGUUCAUCUCUAUUCUCUCUUACCUCUGUAUCUCCAGUUCCACCCAGUACACACUCUCAAUCUUACUACUUCCCACUAUCCACACAUAAAACACACAAUGGAGUUUCUCAAGUAUGUAAAAAACACUCAAAUGUAACAGAACACCAAUCACUAACCUCCAGGCCCAAAAACACAAACCCAAGAGGGAUCCCUGAAGCACCAUUCAUUGAAAAGGUGGAAAGCAUUAUCAAGGAUCCAGAAACCGAGUUCAAACCCGCCAUGACGGCCUUCCAAGACCGUUUACAGCAAUACAAGUACAUGGAGUUGUCGAAGCAACAGCAACUCGCUGAUUUGAAGCUCAAAAUCCCAGACAUCGAGAAGAAUUUGGCCGUGAUCAGCCACAUCAAGCUGCUAAAGGACUCUGGCGAAGAGAAACUUGAGACCAACUACGAGUUGGACAGCACGCUUUAUACCAAGGCCGAGGUGGAUGUCGAGAAUCUAGACUCGGUGUGCUUGUGGUUGGGUGCUGACGUGAUGUUGGAGUAUCCAUUGGACGAGGCGGUGGAAUUGCUAGAGGUCAGAUUGAAAAACAACACAGAGCAGCUAAAAACCAUCGAGGAGGACUUGGACUUUUUGAGACAAAACAUUACCACGAUGGAGGUUAAUACGGCACGGUUGUACAAUUGGGACGUGGAAAGAAUGAAAAACAUGAAGGCCGUGGAGCAGAAUACAAAGGAACUCAAGAUCUAG